AUGCUGAUCAUCAGCGCGGCUUACUUGUACUUUGUAAAGGUCGCGGGGCCCUGGUGCAUGGCGCGGCGCAAGCCACUUGCUCUCACGCAUUUUCUGCUGGUAUACAACGUGGCCGCGGCUAUGCUCAGUGCGUUCUUCGGGUGCCGAUUCAUCAAGCUCGGGUACUGGGACUGUGGAUACCACAUCCUUCAAGAUGUGGACCUGAGUCAGCGCCGUUGCAGCCUCGAGAUUCUGCGCUUGUCGUGGUGGUUCCUUGUUUUCAGGGUGUUCGAGAUGAGCGACACCGUGCUCUUUGUGCUCAGGAAGAAGACUGACCAGGUGAGCGGUUUACACGUGUUUCACCACCUGAUCAUCCCUUGGGGCAUGUGGCUGAACAUGAACUACGCUCUUCAACCGAUUUCUAUGUUUGGCACAUGCCUCAACUGCUUCGUUCAUGUUGUAAUGUACACAUAUUACUUUUUGGCCGCUCUUGGGGCGCGCUACCGAAAGUUUCUUUGGUGGAAGAAGCACCUCACGACACUGCAGAUGGCACAGUUCAUCGCGAACAUUGCUUUCUGCCUGUGCAUGCUGUGUUCCACGGGUGACUACGCAAAAUUAUUUGUCAGUAUUGGCACCGUUCAGUCGACUCAGAUCCUUGCAUUGUGA